AUGCUGGACGCAUUGAGCCAAAAUGUCAAUUGUUAUUUUAUUCUUCUUUCUUUCUCUGGCAAUAGGGAGCUAGGUCUCAGCCGGGCAAGCUUACUGCUUAUUGCCGCUAUUGUUACUGUUUUUGUGGAGUUUUACUUUCGUACUACGCGCGUUGUUUUAAUGGGCAAGUUGGCACCUGAACUGUUCUACAAUGCUCUUCGACGGCGUGGGGUGACCCGUUUUUUUGGCGUUCCCGAUUCCCUUUUGAAGGAUUUCUGCGCCUUUGUCACGGACAACACCCACCCACGUGAACAUAUCAUAACAGCGAAUGAGGGUAAUGCUCUUGCAAUGGCAGCUGGUCAUCACCUGGCAACGGGGGAGUUCCCUUUGGUGUACAUGCAAAAUAGCGGGCUGGGUAACAUUAUAAACCCGCUUCUUAGUCUCGCACACGCUGAGGUGUAUCGUAUUCCUCUUUUGAUGCUGGUGGGCUGGCGCGGUGCCCCGGGCGUGAAGGAUGAGCCACAACAUGUGGCACAGGGACGUUUGAGUGAAGAUCUUUUGCGCGUUCUGGAGGUACCGUACUCCGUCUUGUCAGCUGAUUGCGAUGAUGUGGAGGCUUCAAUGCAAAAAAGUCUGGACGUGGCCUUUGAACACAUGCAGUCUGCUGGAACGCCUUACACCCUUUUAGUGCGCCCGGGACUGUUUAGCAAACACAAAACUUUGAAGUCAUGGAACGAUUUGAAAGGAAUUCCAAUGUCUCGUGAAGAGGCAAUUGAGCAGGUACUGCGGCAGAUGGACACGAAGGAUGUUGUGGUGAGCACGACAGGAAUGCCCUCGCGAGAAGUCUUUGAGAUUCGUGAGCGUAGUGGGAUGGGACACGCUCAGGAUUUUCUUACGGUUGGUUGCAUGGGGCAUUGCUCUUCAAUAGCGGCAGGCAUUGCACUAGCAAAGCCAGAGAAACAGGUAUUUUGCCUCGACGGUGAUGGGGCCGCCAUCAUGCACAUGGGAUCGUUUGCGGUCCAUGGUGGAGCCGCUGCUGUUCAGUCGGUAAACGGAGAUGACGCAUCCCGUCUUCUUCAUAACUACAAGCAUGUGGUAUUGAACAAUGGUGCUCACGAUUCAGUGGGGGGACAACCCACCGCAGCCUAUGAUAUUUCUAUUACACAAGUAGCAAAAGCAUGUGGAUUUACGACUGUUCGUGAGGAGCCGGUGAUGGAAUUGGGAGAUUUGGUGAAGGCUAUGUCGGAGCUGAAGGAGGCCAUGGGCCCGGCAUUUUUGGAAAUUCUUGUGAAAAAAGGCAAUCGGCCAGACUUGGGCCGUCCCACGACAACACCUCAGGAAAACAAGAAGAUUUUUAUGAAAUUCUUAAAUGAUCGUUAA